GCUAGUGUGGAUGAGAGAGACACGGGGAGAACGAGGGGGUACGAUGCACGCACACAGACAGUCAUUCUCAAGGAAUCCUGCAAGGCCGGUCAGUGCGUGAUUUUUACACAAAGAAGAGGGGGUGAGAGGUACCCACUGAUGAGAGACGCUACUCAACGUUUGAGGGAAAUCCCCGGUGUGCCUGUGUGCGUGCACUACUGCCAGAGAUCUGUUGGGGGACCCGCGACGGCGAGAUGGGCUGUAACCUGUGCACGCUGCAGAAGAGAGAGGAGCACUACAAGCUGCUAUAUGAGAUCGCACAGGUGAAUGGGCGUGAAUUUUCCAAGUCUGGACAUGAGGGAACGGUGGAGGCCAUGCGGAAGGAUCCCAUCGUGGUGCAGGUGUUGAGGCGGGGCCCCUCGGCCCGGAACCAGAACAGCUUACAGGAAGUGUGUGUGGUGGACGUGUGCACUCAGACGGACAUUACCUUUGAGCACAUCAUGGCUCUGGCUAAGAUGAGACCCACCACCCCACCUGUGCCAGACAUCUGCCCCUUCCUGCUGUCGGACAGUUGUCAUUCUAUUCAGACUAUGGAGCAUGAAUAUUUUGAUUGUCCAGAAUAUGUGGCCAGCACUCAGGCGGAGGUGGACAGGGCACUUGAAUUCGAGUGUGAGGAGAUUGAGCUCUGUCGAAUGAACAGCCAGGAGAAGCUGGGUCUUACUCUCUGCUACCGCACGGAUGAUGAGGAAGAUACAGGAAUUUUUGUUGGUCAGGUCGAGCUCAACAGCAUAGCUGCAAGGGAUGGACGCAUCAGAGAGGGAGACAGAAUUUUACAGAUAAAUGGUCAUGACGUGCAGAACAGGGAAGAUGCUGUCGCUCUCCUCUCAAAUGAAAAUUCUAGAUCCAUAGUGUUACUUGUCACCAGACCUGAAGGACAGAUGGAUGGGAGCUGGCUUGAUGAGGACCAUCAAGAUUUCCUGGAGGAGCUGAAGAUGGAGAUUUUAGAAGAGCAGAAAAAGGAGGGAAUUCUUCAAACAGCAGGUUGCGUAAAGCGGUCUAAAAGACAUGAAGAUGCCUCAGCAAGUACAGAUACAGCAACAUGUUCCUCUACCAUUCUUGAAAAGGACAGUGGAGUUAAAUGCAGCUUUGAGGACAGCUCUGAACACGAAUUGCUCUCUCGUCCCCAAACACGGACUCAAAAACAACUUCGGGACAGGUGGGAAGCAGGCUCGCAUUUGGUUCCUAUGGACACCGUUAGCUUAACCAGGCAGGAGAAGGGUCAGGAGGGCAGGUUGAGUGAGAAUGGAGUGGAGUGUGACCAUUUCCAGCAACUCCUGGAGCUCAAAUGCCAGUUCCGUAACAGUGGAGAAUGCGGGUUGGUCUACAGGCGAAGCAGUACUAUUGAGUGCAGCCUGACGGAGCAGGGUGGAAGUGGAGUGGCGCGGGAGCUGCACAUGCUCAACGAAGAGCUGCGCAGCAUUGAACGCGAGUGCCAGAGCAUCAUGCAAGCACACCAGCUGCGCAGGAGCAAGCACGACUCUCCUCGAACGGAUAAGGAAAGUCGACUGCGUCGUGGCAAGCUUGCAGAUAUCAACGAGCAUCCUGAGAGACUACAAAGUGAGAAGCUCAGAGAUAAAGACAGCUCUAGUGCCUACAAUACAGCCGAAAGUUCCCGCUCAACUCCACUGGGAACUGAAGGUUCACCAGAUCACUCACUACAACGUCGAGUCCACCUGACCAAUCAGAGGAACCUUCGGAGUACUCAACACUUGCAGAGUCCCUACAGUAGUCCCAUCUUGUCUUUACCCAGCCAAAGUAGCCCUACUUGCAGUCGUGCCCAUACAUACACCAGCUCCACACCACCCUUGCAGACGCCCAUCACCAGUCCUGGUUCACAAGGACCAAGCCAGGCGUUCUCCAGCAGCUUGGAGCAAAGCCCCAGCAACCCCUCAGAAUCAGACCCAGCACUUCCAGCAGAUGAUGAGCGCUGUGAGAAAGAAAGAAACCGGAAUAGGGUUGCAACCGCUCGGCACUACCAUUCGCCCUACCACAGCAACACCGCAACGACUCAGCCUCCCAGCACACGACACUACCAGAGUUACCUACAGCUCCUACAACAACAUUCCUCUUCCUCCCUGGAGUACUCCCAGAGCCAGCUUAGCCUCCUUAGCCUCCGUGGACGGCCUGGACCCUCACCACCUGGCCGACUUGAAUGGAAGGUCAAAGUGCGAGCAGAUGGAACCAGGUACGUGGCACGUCGACCCGCACGAGAUCGCAUCCUGCGUGAACGAGCCUUACGGAUCCGGGAGGAACGCAGCGGUGGGAUGACUACAGAUGAUGACGCAGUCAGCGAGCUGAAGAUGGGACGAUAUUGGAGUAAAGAAGAACGCAAGCAGCAGCUAGCACGGGCCAGAGAACAGCGGCGCAGAAGGGAGUUCAUGCAAAGGAGCCGGCUUGAGUGCCUCAGGGAGACCAUGGGGACGGCAAGCGGAGAGGUCAGCAUCCUGGAGCUCAGCCAUAAGAAGAUGCUGAAGAAACGAAACAAGAAGAUCCUUGACAACUGGAUGACUAUUCAAGAGCUUAUGAGCCAUGGAGCACGAGCACCCGAGGGCACCAAAGUUCACAACGCCUUCCUUUCAGUCACCACGGUUUAGUGAAAACCAUGACCCUAGGCCAGUGUUUAUUAACCCUGAUCCUGGAGCGUCCCCUAGCACUGCACAUUUUGUAUGUCUCCCUAUAUGACACACCCAUUACAGGUCCUAGAGUUUCUUCUAAUGAGCUCAUGAGUUGAAUCAGGUGUGUUUGAUUAGGGAGACACAAAAUGUGUAGUGUUGGGGGGCACCCAGGAUGGGUUGAGAAACACUUCCCUAGGCAGUCUCGGUAUUUGCCUCAUUCCAAGUGGCCAUUUUAUAAAGGUGAAGAUGCAGAUAUUUUUCAUGUUUUGUGAAACUGAGUACUACUUUGUGAAAACUCAUUUCAACUAAACUCGAGACUUCAAGAAAUGUGAAUGUUCAAAAACUCUUUUGAUACGUUGACACUACCGUUACAGACCUCGCUGUGUUUUCGUACUAGAAUGUAUAAAAGACAGUUUUAAUAGGAUUUUACACACUACAUUGUGAUUUAAUGUAGUGUUUCUUUCCAUGCAUUUGCAUUUGUAUUUUAUAAAUGGCAAGUUUUCAUGCGAUAUAAAAUACAGUACUUGAAUAUCGGCUUUUGCUGCCAUUACAUCUUUUAAAUCUGAAAUGUAAAUAACUGUAACUGUUCUUAUUGAGAUCUUCAUGGGUAAAGGUCUUCAUUGCAGUUUAAUGGGUUUACAAGAGUCGUUUGACAUACCGCACGAUGUUACCAUUUUAAUGGUAUUGUAUACAAUACGUACGAUUUUUGUACUGUUCUGUAUAAACAUUAUUUAUAUUUUUGAGUCUAAUAAGUUAUCUUAUUCCAUCUUUAUAAUGCCAAAUGACCCAGUCUGUAUCUCAGUCAAGCGCUAAAAACAUGGAGUUUCUACCACUCUCAUUGUGCCUUGUAUAGAGGCUCAUUUUUCUACCACAGGUUGUGAAGAGACACCUUGAGUAAUCUUGCUGUCACGUUUUUAGUCUCUUUUUGAUGUGUAAAACUUUGUAGCCAGGUCUAUGUGUUUUAGGUGUGCUACAUGAGGAAAAAGGAUAAUAAAUUAU